AUGGAAAAGCACUACCUGCUCCUCCUGCUGGGCCUCUCCCUAGUGGUGGGCUUCCUGCAAGCUCUGACAUGCUUGCAGUGUGACAUGUUAAACUCUGAUGGAGAGUGUGAGAAAGGAGAAAGCACGUGUGAGGCUAAAGACGACCAGGAAUGUGGCAUACUGGUGAUUUCUCAAGGUUAUGAUAUCCUCUUUGGGCAGCAGGAUUGUUCUUCUAAUUGCUUGAAUAAGACUUUCGCACAUUCUAACCUAACACUGGAUUUUUCCUGUUGCCAUAACCAAUCUUUGUGUAAUGAGUUUUAG